CUCGUCACGUUUGGUGUUACCUCCCCCAAAUGCAUCACCGAUGAAUGCGCUCCCAGGCGAGGUGAACGCGGCUCACGUAGCCAUAAAGUGAGCGAGAUUCCGUGCAACGCUUCGCCGGGACGAGCGGGUUAUCGUAAUCGGAGCAAGUUUCAUGACCUUCAACGUUUGUUGCUCCAAAUCGUGUUGACUUGUUGGUGAUAGAUCUAAGUAUCCACUAUGCUGCGAAGGAAACAGCAAAGGCAUCGCCCCAUCGGGGAAGAUACCCGAAUCGCAGUGAACUUGACUGUAAAAAAAUUGUUGAGCAGCCCGGAUCAGAAGGAACUGGAGUUUCCAUCGUCGUACACAGCAGAGGAGCGGGCGUACAUCCAUGAAUUGGCUAGAGAGCUGGGCUUGAAGUCAAAAAGUCGAGGAAAAGGUACAAAUCGCUUCUUGACAGUGUACAAGAGAGAAGGUUCAACAAUAGUUCAAGCUGAUGCUGUGAUAAAAUUGCAAAAACAUUCGAAGCAGGGUAUAUAUAAUUUAAUGCAGACUUUCCCAUUAAAUCACAAGGAAUGCCAAGACUUGCUUCCUCCGAUUGAAAGAGAACGCCCUCUUAAUAAUGAUGUAAAUACAAAUACUAAGGCUAUGGGAAGGUUAAACAACAGCAUACCACAAGUUCCUCAAUUAAAAACUAAUUUUGAUGUGCUGCAGUUCCGCAAAUCUCUGCCAAUUUUUAACGCGAGAGAUGAAAUUCUUAGUGCACUAAACAACCAUCAAGUGAUCAUAAUAGCAGGUGAAACCGGAUGUGGCAAAACCACGCAGGUGCCACAAUAUAUCUUGGAACACUAUCAACAGAAGCAUCAACCUUGUAGAAUCAUUUGCACACAGCCCAGGCGCUUGUCGGCUGUAUCUGUGGCCGAGAGAGUAGCGUUCGAAAGGGACGAAAAAAUCGGCCAGACUUUCGGAUAUCAAAUAAGAUUGGAAAGUAGAGUAGCUCCUAAAACUCUUCUAACGUAUUGCACGAAUGGAGUAUUGCUUAGGACUUUAAUGGGCGGCGAUUCCGCCUUAACUACGCUCACGCACAUCAUUGUUGACGAGGUUCACGAACGUGACAGAUUCUGUGACUUCCUUUUGAUAGCUUUGAAGGAUGCAUUAGUUAAAUAUCGUUCCUUGAAGCUGAUACUUAUGAGCGCCACAAUGGAUACUUCUAUCUUUGCCAAGUAUUUCAAUAAAUGCGUAGUUGUUAACGUUCCUGGUCGAUCAUACGAUGUGGAUGUAUACUUUUUGGAAGAUAUUUUAAAAAUGACUGGUUAUAUGACGAAGGAAAUGCUUGUAAAGAAGAAGGAGUUUUUAAAGUGGAAAGAUAAACAGAAGACUUUGGAAUCCUGGAAACAAUAUAAACCUCAGCAUUCAAAUAAAAAUACUAAAAGCGAGAAGAGUUUAUUGCCUGCUCCAAUUUUAGCCCAGCAGAGCGAUCCUAUACCGGAAAAAGUUAAGCUAGAACCCUGGCUGAUAGAGGAAAUGGACAAAAGUAUUUUCGAUGCAUGGGUAAAUGGUAGAGAGGAUAAUUUUGCGCAACUUUUACAUUUUAUACUAUCUGAAAACGUUUCUGUAGAUUAUCAACAUUCGGAGACUUUUAUAACACCGUUGAUGGCUGCCGCAGCUAGAGGUUGCAUAAACACGACUGAGCAACUUCUAAAUCUAGGUGCGAAUCUCAAUUUGAGGUCUGCUAACGAUUGGACCGCGUUAGACUGGGCAAAGAGCAGGAAUCAUACCGAAUGCGCUGAAUUGAUCGAAGCUUACAUGAAAACUUAUGAUUGUGCGGUACCGAAUAACGAACUGGCGCAGGUCACGGAGACGUCACUCUCCGAAGAAGAUAAAUUAUUACUCGAUAUAUAUCAUCAUACGUUCAAUGAUGAUAAUAUCGAUUAUGAACUAUUGUUAGAAUUGGUCUUUUACAUCCAUUUAAAAAUGCCUGCCGGCUCUAUUUUGAUAUUUUUACCGGGAUACGACGACAUAGUCACAAUGAAAGAAAAGAUAAAUGCGGAAGACAAGAAGAUGAAUCAAGGUUUACGCUACAAUUUGUUCGUUCUUCACUCGAACAUGCAGACUUGCGAUCAGAAGAAGGUGUUUAAACCUAGUCCUCAGGGCACGCGAAAGAUUAUCCUUUCCACGAAUAUAUCGGAGACUAGCAUUACGAUCGACGAUGUCGUGUACGUCAUUGAUUCUGGAAAAGUUAAAGAAAAGUCUUUCGAUGCUAUAUCAAGUGUUUGUACAUUGACUUCAAACUGGAUAUCUCAAGCUUGUGCAAAGCAACGGAAAGGUCGAGCAGGUAGAUGCAGGAGAGGAAUCUGCUAUCGUUUGUUCUCUUCGAUCCGAUACAGUAAUAUGCAGGCUUAUCAAACACCUGAAAUUCUACGAUUACCGCUGCAAGAACUCUGCUUAUAUACGAAACAUUUAACGUCGGGAAACACACCUAUAGCUGAAUUUCUGGAUAAAGCUCUGGAGCCGCCGUCUAACGUAGUAACCAGGAAUGCAGUACAAUUAUUAAAGACAAUCGAUGCAUUAGAUCCGUGGGAAGAUUUAACUGAAUUAGGUAGUCAUUUACUAGAUUUGCCAAUUGAACCAAGACUCGGGAAGAUGCUAUUAUAUGCCGUUGUCCUCAAAUGUUUGGAUCCCAUUUUAACGAUUGUUUGUAGUUUAGCAUACAAAGAUCCUUUUAUAUUACCAUCACAACCGUCGCAAAAGAGAGCUUUGACUGCGGCACGAAAAAAAUUUGCCACCGCAACGUACUCGGAUCAUAUGGUAGUCCUCCGAGCGUUCCAAGGCUGGCAAAACGCCAGAGCAACCGGCAAGGAACGUGCUUUUUGCGAGAAAAAUUUUAUCUCCGCUCCCGUAAUGGAGAUGGUAGUUGGAAUGCGUACUCAGCUUCUCGGUCAGUUGCGCGCGUCUGGCUUUGUCAGAGCCAGAAGUCCCGGGGACAUUCGAGACUUAAAUUCAAAUUCGGAAAAUUGGGCUGUCGUGAAAGCGGCUCUGACCGCGGGCUUGUAUCCCAAUUUAAUUCGAGUUGAUCGGGAGCACAUGCAGCUACGGACACAGAAAGAGGUCAAGGUAUUCUUUCAUCCCUCGUCGACGUUAAGAGAUUAUCCAAAAUCUUCGAGGAUGACGUCCGCGCAAACGCAUUGCACCAAUGUGCAAUCUUUACCGUGCGACUGGCUGCUUUAUGAGGAAAUGAGUCGUACAGGACGUUUCUGUCAUGUGAAAGUCGUUACAGCCGUAAAUCCAUUAACUGUAGCAUUAUUUAGUGGACCAGCUAGAUUACCAAUGGAUGUAAUCUACGAAGCUGAAGCUGUACCGGAAAGCGAAUCGGAUUCAGAGGUUGAUGAAUUUCAUGAAGGAACCAUUUUUAAACUUGAUGAUUGGGUGGUGUUUAAACUUGAUCCUGAAGCAGCUCAACUGUUUUUACAUUUGCGGCAGAAGUGGAACGCCUUAUUCCUCAGACGUAUGAAAGCACCAAACAAGGCAAUGUCGGCAUUAGAUGAAAAAGUUAUUAACACUUUGGUAACUGUAAUCACGAAUGAGGAACAGGCGUGUGGCCUCCAGCAGCCCGCUGGCAUCGGCCAACGUCCGCGUCCGUUAAUCGUCGAUUAUUACCCUGCAAAUGUUAGAAGAGACGAUUAUCCGGAAAGAUAUUUCUAAAGCAAGAAGAGGAAAUGUAGUCUGUUGUGUGCAAUGUAUGAUUUGCGAUUUUUUGGUCAUCAGUUGCAAUGACCAAUCACUGUAUCUAUAAUGCUGUAGCUAAAUCACUUUUGUUGAUAGCGAUAUUUAUAAAAGAUAUAUAGCGUGGUAUUUAUGGAUAUUUAUUGCGUGUAUAAGUUAUUCAUAUAAAUAUUAUACAUUCUAAUUUACAGUAUUGACAAAGACUGUUAUGAUAUAAUAAGUUUUUGAGUAAUACUCAUAUAACACUUGUGAUCCUCUUUGCAGAGCCUUCGUUAAAGUAACAAUAUUUAAGUUUUACUAUGAUAUGUUAACUUUUACCCUUAAGAUGGGAUAUCCUUUUAUUCUUUAGUACGAAAAUAAUGAAGAAUGCAGAUAAAAGAUUGAUAUAUCAAUUAUCAAUGUCGGUAUAUAUAUCUUUCCGCAACGGGUCCGUUCCAUCAGCGUAAAUUUGCGGAUGUAAAAUUAUUAUAUAAUGAUUAUACGUAAUUUCGCAGCAGUUGGAAAUGUGUAUGCUUUAAUCUGAUCCUUUUCUUCUGGAAAUAAUGUAAAUAGGCCUUAAACCUAUGUAUCUCAUAAAAAUAUGUGAUAUAUCGCAUAGGCACUAAACUCUAACUUAACUUUUGUACUAUGUAUAAUGUGUAUGUCAUAUUUUAAAUGCUCUCUCAAUAGCUGGGAUAAAUUAAGUAGGCAAUUACAUAAUGAGGGAGAGAGAAUGUGAAAUUAUUAUUAUGCGUUAUAAGGUAGUAUUUUCUUGCAAAGUUUUAUAUAGAAGUUUUGAUUAUUGUUUAAAGAAUAGAAUUAGCGAUACUCUUUUUUGUACAUGUGUAAUAUGUACAACCAAAUUUGUGUACACUUACCAUUAAUAGGUACUGAAUGCUUGCUUCAUAUUCAAUCAAUAUCGAUUAAAAUUUGACCUUUUAAUAUAUAAUAUAUCUUGAUAUAUAAAGGAGCGCAUGGUCUACAAAUUUAUCAGUAAAUGUUUUAUUUUAUUUUGAUUUUGUGAUUUUAUUAGCGUUACAAUUUUUAGUGAUUAUAUAUACAUGGCUAAGUAAAUAUCAACCAUAAAGCUAUAGCAAUAGCAACCUUUUAAGUGAAUUGUAAUACUGGUUAAUGUGAUAACAAAACAUAUAAUAAAAAUUAGGGAAAAAAAUAAUAAGGAUAUGUUAAUGUAAUUCUCAUUUUAUUUGUGGAUCUUCACCAUGAUUGAUUCGACGCGAACUUUGAUCCUACUCCAUUCCACGUAACGUAUAAUAC